AUGGAACUUCCCAGUCAUGACAAGUACCACAGACUGUUGAGCUCGCCGUAUGCGUGCUUGCAAGAGCUGGAUGAAAGUUAUUUCAAAGCAGUUGAGUACUGGACAGUGCAAGGUCGACGCGGCGUGGAGAAUGCGAAGGUGGAAUUACAACAUAUCGACGAAGCUUACGGCGCGCUCUUUCAGGAGUACCUGAAAGACCAAGAAGGCGUGGGAUAUGAGAAGGCGAAGUACACCAUGCAACAGGUGGUCAACGGCCAAGAACGCAUGACCAAGCCGAGUGAGGGCGACGAAGACCUUUGGGUUCCUCCUCGACAGGAGAGAUCUGCUUCACCUAAAAUGGGAGACGGCAUCGAAAUCGACGAGUUAGCAGACUAUGAAAAGAUGGAGCAGCCGACCGUGUACAAUUCAAAUCCUAUGCGGGGAUUUGCCAUUCGAGAGAUCACGGGUGACAUCAAAGAUGCUCCUGACAGAGCAGUCAUUGUCCAUGCAGUCAACUGUCAAGGAGUCUGGGGAUAUGGGAUUGCCAAAGAGCUCAAAAACAUGUGUCCAGCAGCAUUCGAGAUCUACAGAUUACACUGUCAACGGGCUAGCCGCCCAUACUAUCUUGCUGGGACUUGCCUCCUUAUCGCUCCGCAGCGAUCCGACUACGAGCAAAAACGGAAGCUGAAACUCAGAGGCGUUGAUAAUGCCCUCAGCCGGGAGGUCCCUCUCCCAAAAACGCGUCAUUGGAUAGCCUGCCUCUUCACCAGCACUGGCUAUGGUAAACGGAACCUGAAAAUGAACAAUCCCGGCAAAGACUCCCCGUCCCAGAUCCUCAAUCACACGCGGCUCGCCCUUGAGGAAUUUCGAACACGCCUCGAGGACUAUGAGAUACCGGAUUCUAACAAGGUAACAACAAGUGACGCCGUCGACGAAACGCCCGGAGAGAUAUGGAGCUCAAAAUUCAACAGCGGUGCAUUUGGAGUUGAUUGGGAACUCACUCGCGAUAUCCUGGUAGAGGAGUUUGAUGGUUCCAGGUGCCAAUGGACGCUCGUGGAGAAGGUCAGUAGUGGAGGCGAUGAAUCUCCGGCGUCUGUUGACUCGAAUGUCACGGAAGGUUCUGUUUUCGAGCACGCCCGGAGACAUGCUCAAAUUGAAAUUGAGAACCGUCUAAAGACAAAGAAUGGUGAUCCAGUAGAAGGUGACCUGCCUUUGCGGGAUGCACUGCGGGAAAUGGGUUUUCAAUGA